GAUUCCGGAAACAGCGAGGUGAAGGCUGGGUAAGCGUUGCCGGUCGCGCCUGCGCACUGUGGCUCUGGGUACGGGAAGAUGGUGCUCAUCAAGGAAUUCCGAGUGGUUUUACCAUGCUCAGUGCAAGAGUAUCAAGUUGGGCAACUUUACUCUGUGGCAGAAGCUAGUAAAAAUGAAACAGGAGGCGGUGAAGGAAUUCAAGUCUUAAAGAAUGAACCUUAUGAAAAGGAUAGUGAAAAGGGACAGUAUACCCACAAAAUCUAUCACUUAAAGAGUAAAGUUCCUGGAUUUGUAAGGAUGAUUGCUCCAGAAGGCUCCUUGGUAUUCCAUGAAAAGGCUUGGAAUGCAUAUCCAUAUUGUAGAACAAUUGUGACGAAUGAAUAUAUGAAAGAUGACUUCUUCAUAAAAAUCGAGACCUGGCAUAAACCAGACUUGGGGACAUCAGAAAAUGUGCACGACUUGGAUCCAAACACGUGGAAGAGUGUUGAAGUUGUCCAUAUUGACAUUGCAGACAGAACUCAAGUAGAACCAGCAGACUAUAAAGCUGAUGAGGACCCAGUAUUGUUUCAGUCGGUGAAGACCAAGAGAGGACCUUUGGGUCCUAACUGGAAGAAAGAGCUAGCAGCUGAUGAAGACUGCCCUAAAAUGUGUGCUUACAAGUUGGUGACUAUCAAAUUUAAAUGGUGGGGACUACAGAACAAAGUAGAAAACUUUAUCCAGAAGCAAGAAAAGAGGAUAUUUACCAACUUCCAUCGCCAGCUGUUUUGUUGGAUUGACAAGUGGAUUGAUCUGACUAUGGAAGACAUCAGGAGAAUGGAGGAUGAAACCCAACGAGAGCUGGAAGCGAUGCGUAAGAAGGGUUCCGUUCGAGGCACAGUGGCUGCUGACGUCUAGAGGAAUCCUCUGUAGAGUCAGAGGCAAAAUCAAGCUGUCUACGUAAUCAAGGCCAAGUGAGAGGAACAAGUGCUGCCAAUGAUGAAUGAUGGUGGAUCUGACCUGUCACUUGCAGUGUUGAUACACAGAUGUGUGUGUGGAUGCAUGAUUAUCUGUAUAUAAUUAUAUAUACAUACACACAUACUGAGGGCUGUUACAGUUUCUCCAGGGUACUAUACCCAUCUUCAGCAAAGAUACAAAGAAAACUGCUUUCAUUAUAAAUAUCUGAAGCAAAUACAAAUUGACUGAGUAGUGUCAUUUAAAGGAUAAAUUGACUGCAGAAUUAUGCUAACUGGUAUGUUUCCUGAAUGUCAGUACUGGACCAAUUUAUUCUGCUCUUGAAUCACUCUGCUAUAAUUUGCCUAUCUCAUUAUAAGCCAACAAAUUCAGAUAAAGUAAUUUUAAAUUUUGUGUUUUCCCUAUGUGAUUUUGGAAUAGGAACUAUGAAUGUAUUUAUACCUAUUUAUUUCUGGAUUGUCAUCUAAGUCAAAUCAGAA